UGCAUCAAGCAUUGAAUCCACACAAAACUUUCCAAAUUUACUUUUAUUCACAAUUCCUCGGCCGUUUCAAUUUAUUUUUUAUUUUUUAUUUUAUAUUUUAUAUUUUACUUAUUCAUUCACAUAAACGAUACCAAUAUCCCGAAAAUAAGAACAUUCAUUGAAAUUGUACCUACCAUCAAAACAUGUCGUUCUCAAACGCCAAAGUUCUAUCUACAGAAUCCCUCGCCAACUGCAAUGCUGUAUGGACUAAACUUGUGAAGCUCACUUACACUGAUUCCAAGAGUCAAACGCGUACCUGGGAGUCGGCUGAGCGCACCACAAGACCCAAGUCCAGUGAUAUUGAUGGCGUGGGGAUUGUAGCCAUUCUAGAGAAGCCUACAGGCCCAGAGAUCGUUCUUCAGAAACAGUAUCGUGCACCUAUCGACAAGGUCACCAUUGAGGUUCCUGCAGGUCUCAUCGAUGAGGGUGAGACGGUCGAAGAAGCUGCCAUUAGGGAGCUAAAGGAAGAGACAGGCUAUGUAGCCAAGGCUGUUGAGACAUCUCCCAUGAUGUUUAACGAUCCGGGAUUCUGUAACACCAAUCUACGAAUGGUUCAUGUCACCGUUGACAUGAGCUUACCCGAGAACCAAAAUCUCCAACCGGAGCUAGAGGAGGAUGAGUUCAUCGAGGUCUUCCUCGUUCCGCUGACAAACCUCUACGACGAAUGCAAGAGGCUCGAAGCAGAGGGUUACGCUAUCGAUGCCCGAGUGGGCACAUUCGCCGAAGGCAUUGAAUGCGCCAAACAAUUCAAGCUAUGAAGCCUUCCCGAAUCCUGAACAACUACCGUCAUGCGCCGAUGCAGACGCACUCCUCAAUACGGGGAGCUGCGGCCAGACUACGCGUCUUUUUUUUUUUUACCUUCGUAAUGUACUUCACAUAGAUUUUUCUUUUCAUGUGUCGGCGAAUACCCCUGUUAUGCGAAUCACGCCCAUCUAGAAUUGUACCUUAGAGGAUAGAAGGUUAGAUAUUUCGCGUUAAGGGUUACACUCCUAUAGAUUGACAAAAUAAAU